UUGUGUUUAGUCAAAAGAUCGCUGUAGAACACGCUCUUUAAAAUUAUCACAUUGUGCUCAGCACGAGCUUGUCCAGGGUGUGUCGAAUAUUGUCUACAACCAUAAGUCGUAGUAUUUACGUGUCUAGCUUCCAAGUUAACAAAAACUCGAAUAAUAUAAACGGUUUACCUGAGGUGUACUGAAAAUUGAUUUCAAAUGUAAAAAACUAUUUGUUUACAAUGACAAAAGAUCAGUUUGGAACAGAAACCCUCCAAGUUAAUUCUAUUCAUGACUCGAAAAAUCUUGUUUCGACAUCAGGAUCACGAAUGCAGGAAGUAUUUGAAAAACCUUCAGUAACUUUUGUUCUUGACGAAAAGAAUGUAAAAAGAUCUAUCAACAAAGAUAACAACCAAGACGAAACUCCGAACAAGAUGCCUGUUUCUCCAACAAUUUUAGUAAACUCAGGUCAAGUUGAUUCUAUAGAAAAUCAAGGAGAUAAUGAUUAUUCGGCAUCUGUGUUUGCUAUGUUACAAAGGAAAACAUCAAAAAGUUCGAGUAAAAAGAAAAAAAAACGAUCUUCAUCAUUUAAUACUGAAGAUGGUACUGAUGAUUCGGAAAAUCAAAGAAGAUGUUCAUCAGCAUUUACAUCUUCUUCCGGAGAAACAGCAAUUUCUAUUGACGUGGCAAUGGAUGAAGAUUUAGAGGAUGGUGGAACACAAGAACAAAUUUUUGAGAAACUUAAACUGCAUAAGGAAGUUCUUAGUGCGGUUAAACAUCAACCUUGGCCUCUUAGAAAAAAAGUUAAACUUGCGAAACAAGCUAAAUCAUAUAUUCGACGGCAUGAGGGUGCACUUCAAGAACGACUUGCCCAAAAUAGAAACACCAGAGAUGUUCUAGCGCGAAUUGCGAUUUUUAUUAGUAAAAAAUGGCAGUAUUCAAAACGUGAAUUGAUAAAUCUCCAAACGUGGUUAGUGCCGUGGGAAUCAAGAAUAAAAGAGAUAGAAUCACAUUUUGGUUCUGCUGUAGCUUCAUACUUUUUAUUCUUACGCUGGUUAUUCUGGAUAAAUCUUGUGAUAUUUUUAACCCUUACCAUAUUUGUUGCUAUACCGGAAAUCCUCACAGCCGAUAAAAAUCAUUCUGGAGAUCGCAAGAUUCUGUUACCAGAAGAAAUAAAAAAAUCCACACAUUUUCUGACUCUAUGGGAAUUUGAGGGAGUUUUAAAACAUUCACCAUUUUUUUAUGGAUGGUAUACCGAUUGGGAUAUACCAAACGGAGGGUACAGACUUCCUCUUGCUUAUUUUCUAGCUAAUUUAAUUGUUUAUACUUACAGUUUUGUCACUAUUUUACGAAAAAUGGCAAUAAAUUCACGAAUGAGUAAACUAUCAGAGAAAGAGGAUGAAUGUGCUUUUUCAUGGAAGCUUUUUACCGGUUGGGACUCUAUGAUAGGAAAUCAUGAAACUGCGAAUAAUAGGGUCGCAAGUAUUAUAUUAGGAUUUAAAGAAUCAUUAUUAGAAGAAGCUGAAAAGGAAAAAAAACUCGGACAUUGGAAAAUUACUACAAUAAGGAUAUUUGUUAAUGUGUCCGUGAUUUUACUUCUUAUACUAUCAGCUUAUGCAGUAGUUGAAGUUGUUGCUAGAAGUACACAAGAAACAUUAAAUAGUAGUUGGUGGAGACAAAACGAAAUUACAGUAGUUAUGUCACUAAUCUCAUAUAUCUUUCCAAUAUUUUUUGAAAUUCUGGGACUUCUAGAAAAUUACCAUCCUCGUAAACAGUUACGACUCCAAUUAGCCAGAAUUAUGGUAUUGAAUCUUCUUAAUUUAUAUUCUUUAAUAAUCGCUCUUUUCGAUAAAAUAAAUCAAAUGGAAGGAGAGUUGAAAAGUCUAAAGCCAAAAAUCGUACCCAUUAUACCAGCAAUAAAUAUUAGUGCUACACACUGUCAAAAUAUUUCAAUACCUUGCAGUGAUGUACAACCUCCUUUCAAUAUAUCAUCGUCAUUACCAUUAACUUGGACUACAGCUCAACCUUUAAAAAAUUUUUCGUCUUUAACAUCAUCACUAGCAGCAUUGAGCUUAAUUUUAAUGUCUAAUACAUCAACUAAAAGUCCAUCUUCUUUGACAAAUAUAAUUAUGUCGAAACCCAAUGAUACGCUGGAUGAAUCGAUGGCAAUCAGUGAUUUUUUAAAUUACAGUUCAACAAAUUUAUUUAAUGUUUCUGAGAUGUCAAAAACUGAAUCAUCAUCUUUUUUCGAUGACGUCAAGUGGGAAGGUUACAUUGAAAAAGAUAUACCUCAAAAUAAUUAUGAGUAUUAUGAUACAGAUAAUUCCAACUACGAAGAUGAAUUAAAUUUAACAAAAGUCACGAAUUCUACAGAUAUUCCAGCUAAUACUACAAAUGAUAAUUAUUCUACGUGGAUUGAUGUAGAAAAUACAACAACGUUAACGUUAAAAUCGAAAAAAAAGACAAUUUUAGAUAAUGAAAAAAAUUUAACUAAUAGCCACAAUGUUGACAUAAAAAUUAUUAAAUGUUUUGCAAGAAUUUGUGAUUAUGAAAAUGACUUCAAAGAAAGAAAGACUGAAAAGACAAAGGUGAGUCAUGAAGCCAUUUUAGAAUUAAAUAUAACAACAAAAACGAAACUUCGUAAGCUAUGUUGGGAAACAAUGUUUGGUCAAGAGUUAUCAAAACUUACAGUUAUGGAUUUGAUAUUAACAAUAAUUGCGACACUUCUUGUUGAUUUUUUUCGUGCAUUAUUCGUUCGAUACAUGAAUCCAUGGUGGUGUUGGGAUCUUGAGAAAAAAUUUCCACAGUAUGGAGAUUUUAAAAUUGCUGAAAAUAUUUUACAUUUAGUUAAUAACCAAGGGAUGGUGUGGAUGGGAAUGUUUUUUAGUCCCGGGUUAACAGCGUUAAAUCUUGUAAAACUUGUAAUUCUUAUGUACUUUAAAUCUUGGACAGUAAUGACAUGCAAUGUACCACAUGAAGUUGUUUUUCGUGCUUCAAGAUCUAAUAAUUUUUAUCUAGCAUUGUUACUUACGAUGGUCUUCUUAUGUGUACUUCCGGUGGGUUACGCUAUUGUAUGGGUAGAACCUUCUUGGCAUUGUGGACCUUUCUCCGGCUAUUAUAGAAUUUAUCACAUAGCCACCCAAAGCUUAAAAAAUUUACUACCAGUAAAAGUUCAUAAAUCACUUGAUUAUAUUGCAUCACCUGGAAUUAUUAUUCCUUUACUUGUUCUAAUGACACUGAUUAUAUAUUAUAUGACUUCCCUUGCUGGAUCUCUCAGAGAAGCAAAUAAUGAUCUCAAAGUCCAACUACGUUAUGAGAGGAGAGAAGAACGAAGAAAAAUGUUUAAAAUAGCAGAAAAACGUGAACAGGGACAAGAUGUAUCAUUUGCAAAAUGGAAAAAAAUAUUACCAACGAUGUCAUCAAUCAAGACAGAUACUCCAGUUUCAAGAGCUGUAGAAAAUAUGCUGCACCGAAAACGUCGGAGAGCUAUUGAAAUGAUUCGUUCAAUGACAUCUGAUGCAGACGAAGUUACUGGAGAUAAGCCGAAUUCAUUACUACGAGAUUCACUUCUGCCUAAAGAGACAAGCGAUCUUCAACUUCAUAACAUUCUAAUCGACACCAAUGAAAUAACGAAGUUAUGAAAUUUUAUGAUUUUCUAAGAAACGAAAGUGUAACCUAGGUUAAAUAAGAGACUUGAAAGUUUUUUUGAAUUUUCAAAACAUUGUAUAUAACGCCAUUAACACAUGUAUCUUUAUUUGAAAUUUUGUACACACCUACCCAUGUAACAAUUCCCAUGACAAGUUGCUGGUCAAGGCACUGAUCACAAAAAUCUUUUGAUAGAUAACACCGGCACACAAAAAAAAGUGGUUUGUACAUUUGACUAGACCUACCUAGGGUUAUCUAUAUCGAUGCGUUGAAUCCGAAUUUGUGGUUGGUUUGACCUUCCAAAUUAAAGUAAAUUGCAAAAAACCGCUAAAAAUGGCUAAAAAAUCAUGAAAAAUUGCAAAUAUGCAAACGAAAAAAAAAUUUCUUAAUCUAGAUCAUGUAUUUUUCUUAUGAAUUUUGAUGCGCAGAAUCCAAAUCCGCAGUCGGUUUGGCUUGUACGCCCUCCAAUUUUUGGAUAAAUUUCGGUAAAACGGUAAAAAUUGCAAAAAAUCGUAAAAAAUAGUCAUAAAGUAGUAGAUAAUAUGAAGAAAAUAGUAUUGUUCUUACUCACAGUAAUAAACUAAAUAUGAUUCCUUUCAAAUUAUACUAUACUCAAGGAAAAAAGAUUUUGUCUAAUCAUAUAUGAUUAUAUAUGUUCAUAUAUGAUUAUAUAUAAUCAUAUAUGAAGUUAUAUAUCAUCAUGCAUGAUUAUAUAUGGGGUCAUAUAUAAUUAUAUAUAAUUAUAUAUGACCCCAUACAUAAUGAGAUCUGAUCAUACCUGGCUGUUAUAAGCCCAUAUAUUAUUCUAUAUAUGAUCAGAUCUGAUUAUAUAUAAUUAAAUCUGAUCAGAUCUGAUCAUAUAUGAGUCUAUGUAUGAUUAGAUAUGAUCAUACCUGGCUGUUAUGACCCAGUAUAUAAUCAUACAUAAGGCUAGAUAUGAUCAGGUCUGAUCAUCUAUGAGUCUAUAUAUAAUUAGAUAUAAUCAUACCUAGCUGUUAUAACCCCAUAUAUGAUCAUAUAUAAGUCUAUACAUGACUAGCUCUGAUCAGACAUGAUUGAUACAAACCCAUAUAUAAUUAGAUAUAGGCCUAUAUAUCAUUAGAUCUGAUCAGACGUGACUGAUAUAAACCUAUAUGUAGUUAUAUAUGUCUAUUAGGGUGUUCGUUAUUUCCCAAAUCAAUUUUUAUUUACCGAUCGCCCCCUGAAUCUUUAGCUUAUGACCUAAAAAAAAAUAUCCAACACAAACAGGCUCUUAAUUUUCACAUUAAACCGUGCCGAAAUCAUUUUAUAUUUCCCAUUUAAAUAACAUGGAAUUUUUAGACUUUUGACUCUUAAUUUUUUUUCUCAGAAACAAAUGAGAGUAAAAAUUUGAUCGAAACAUAUUCUGAUAGGAAAUCAAACGCUCUACAAAAAAGUUUUCUUAUGGAUUUUCGAUAAAAUAACUCCUUCAAAAGUUAUUUAACGUUAAACUUGUGUUUGUUAUCAAUCCUAUAAUAUUUUUAAUUCUAUUUUCAUUUUUACCGUUUUUGGCUAUAAAAUCGUUGAAAUAAAAGAUAAUUAUUAUUAUCACUAGAGUACCGAUGAUCAUUUAUGUAGAUUUCAUGGCCUAAACAGAAAAUCAAGGGAAAAAAAACAUUGUUUUAUGAGAAGUAAUAGAAAUAACAUACCUUUCCUCAUACAGACGAACUUUAAAAUAAAUUAAUGGAAAGUGGUGAAAUAAAAAUGUAAAAACUUUUUUGUCAUGCUCAUAAAAAAAUAGUCUUCUGAUCCAUUUUAAGAACAAUUUUAUCUAAGUUUCGCCGGAAAAGUAGAAAAUCUCAAAAUUUAAUAUGAAUUCGACUUCAACCUCAAAUAACUUUUGAACAAAUAGAUUCCUCGAAAAUUGAUAAGAAUCUUUUUUUGUAGAGCAUUUAAUUCCCUACAAAAACAUGCCUGCCAUUUAUUCCUAUGACGCAUCGUUAGCUACUUAUAAAAAUCAGAAGACGUAAAAAAAAUUUUUCCCAUGUUAUUCUUAUGGGAAAUAGAAAAGUGUGAUGAGAAACCUCUUAAUGUUAAUAUUAAGAGCUCCAAUUUUCACAGGCGCCUUUUUUUAUCUAAAUGAAACUUUUGAACCUGUUUGGAAAAAAAAAAAGUUUGUUAUUUUUUGGAUCACCCUAGUAUAUAUAUAUAUUAAAUAAUAUGAAAAUUUUCAAUAUCAAUGUUAUUAAAUUUUUAUUCUGUCAACUAUCAAUCAAACUUAAAUCCCCAAUACUUAAAAAAUGUUCAAAGGUUUCGACAGCAAUUUAAAAGUAUAAAGUAUCAAUUUGAUUAUUUGAGUUAAGUAAUACCAUAAACGUUUUUUAAUUAUAAGUGUAUAACAGACUAGAGGAUCAGACUACAAACCAUCGAUAACCAAAGUUAAGCAGCAUCGGCGUGGAACAUUAAUUGGACAGGUGACCUCGUAGUAAAAUAAUAGUCAAUGGUUAAUAAUUUUUUUUUAUUUAAUUUUAACCGACAUUGAUAUUGAUGAAGACAAUAAAUCCUAAUUAAACUACUUAAUUAAUAAUUUACAGAUAUUCUAAAUGAGAUUCUAAAAAUGACUAUAUUCGUUCAUGCAUGAUUAUAUAUAAUCAUAUAUGAUCAUGUAUAUAAACAGAUCAAGUUAUGUAUGAUCAAACCUGGCCAAUUUUUGGAUCUGACCAUAUAUAGACAAUUAUGCAUGAUCAUAUAUGAUUAGACAAAAUCUUUUUUCAUCGGGUAACACCCAUAAAUCGUGAUUAAAAUUAUAAAAAAAAACGACCUCCAUUGAUUUUAUAUUGUUCCUUGCUUGUAUCGAUCUCUUUUCGCUAGACACAUAUCUAAUGCGACCAGCAUUACCUUGUAUUAUAUAAUUCAUCAAAUAAAACUAAUUAUUUGUUAUUUUGUCAACAUUAAUAAAUGGAGUCCGAUAAUUUAUUUAUCG